UGCCCCCUCCCAAUACUCUCUCUCUCUCUCUCUCUCUCUCUCUGUUUGUGAAAAUUGCAAAAGCUGCAAAUAGAGAGAUUUGAGCUCUGGAGUCACUCUGUUUUGAGCGCUCUCUCUCUCUGCGUGGAGCUGACCUUCAGAGAUGGCUGGCGCGGAGAGGAGCCGGUCCGGGAGGCAAAACACGGGGCGUGGCGGGGUGGCAGCGGGGAGCGUGAUGAGCAAGAGCACGAGCAGGAGGAGUGCUUGGAGCAUGGAGGACGUGUUCAGAGACUCCGGUAGGACGAAUGACGAAGACGAAGAAGCGCUGAAAUGGGCCGCGAUCGAGAGACUGCCCACGUACGACCGCUUGAGGACGAGCAUCAUCCAGUCGUUCACGGACAACAACAGUGAGAACAGUAAGGUGGUGAUGAACAGUAGAGCGGUGGACUUGAGGAACCUCGACAUGGACGACAAGCAGAAGUUCAUCGACAGGGUCUUCAGGGUGGCCGAGGAAGACAACGAGAAGUUCCUGAAGAAGUUCAGGCAUCGGAUUGACAAGGUUGGGAUAAAACUACCAACAGUGGAUGUUAGAUUUGAGCACUUGACGGUGGAAGCAGAUUGCCAUAUAGGAAGCAGAGCCCUUCCCACUCUUCCAAAUGCUGCCCAAAACAUUGCAGAGUCUGCUUUCGGCUUGCUUGGUAUUAGAUGGGCCAAGACAACUAAGCUCACCAUCAUCAAAGAUGUCUCCGGAAUCAUAAAGCCCUCCAGGAUGGCUCUGCUAUUAGGACCUCCAUCCUCAGGAAAGACCACCCUUCUCCUGGCCCUUGCAGGAAAGUUGGACCCAAGCUUGAAGGUUGAAGGAGAUAUUACAUACAAUGGACACAGGCUAAAUGAGUUUGUACCACAGAAGACAGCUGCAUAUAUUAGCCAAAACGAUGUUCAUGUUGGGGAAAUGACUGUCAAAGAAACCUUGGACUUCUCUGCGAGGUGCCAAGGAGUCGGGACUCGAUACGAACUUCUUAGUGAGCUUGCAAGAAGAGAGAAAUAUGCUGGGAUCUUCCCUGAAGCUGAAGUUGAUCUCUUCAUGAAGGCAACGGCAAUGAAAGGUGUAGAGAGCAGCCUCAUUACAGACUACACACUGAAACUUUUGGGGCUUGAUAUAUGCCGGGACACAAUUGUUGGCGAUGAAAUGCAGAGAGGCAUAUCUGGUGGGCAGAAGAAAAGAGUGACAACAGGAGAGAUGAUAGUCGGGCCAACCAAGACGCUCUUCAUGGAUGAGAUAUCGACAGGCCUGGACAGCUCAACGACGUUCCAGAUCGUGAAGUGCAUGCAGCAGAUCGCGCACCUCACGGACGCGACCAUACUGAUGUCCCUGCUGCAGCCGGCUCCUGAGACAUUCGAUCUGUUCGACGACAUCAUACUCUUAUCAGAAGGCCAGAUCGUGUACCAGGGGCCCCGUGACCAUAUCCUCGAGUUCUUCGAGCAGUGCGGGUUCCAGUGCCCAGAGAGGAAAGGGACUGCUGAUUUCUUGCAAGAGGUGACAUCACGGAAGGAUCAGGAGCAGUACUGGGCAGACAGAAGCAAACCAUACAGAUACAUAUCAGUGAGCGAGUUCGCAGAGAAUUUCAAGCACUUCCAUGUGGGAAUGAGGCUGGACAACGAGCUCUCCAUCCCGUUUGACAAGAGCCUCAGCCACCGAGCCGCCCUCGUCUUCACUAGGUACUCGGUCCCCAAGAUGGAUCUCCUCAAGGCCUGCUUCGACAAGGAGUGGCUGCUCAUCAAGAAGAACGCGUUUGUCUACAUCUUCAAGACUGUCCAGAUCAUUCUCAUGGCGAUCAUCGCGUCGACGGUGUUCAUAAGGACCAGGAUGCACACACGUAAUGAAGAUGAUGGUGCUCUAUACGUCGGCGCACUCUUGUUCUCCAUGAUCAUCAAUAUGUUCAAUGGUUUUGCGGAGCUCUCGAUGACCAUAACGAGGCUUCCAGUGUUCUACAAGCACAGAGACCUUCUCCUUCACCCUGCAUGGACUUUCACCCUCCCCAAUUUCCUGCUGAGGAUUCCCAUGUCUGUGUUGGAGUCCAUUGUUUGGAUCGUCAUGACGUACUACUCCAUCGGAUUCGCACCCGAACCGAGCAGGCUUUUCAAGCAACUGCUGUUGAUAUUCCUGAUCCAACAAAUGGCUGCUGGAAUCUUUCGAUUCAUAGCCGGAGUCUGCAAGACGAUGAUUAUUGCCAACACGGGUGGAGCUCUCAUGCUUCUCUUGGUGUUCAUGCUCGGCGGUUUCAUACUUCCGCGAGGCCAAAUACCGAGCUGGUGGAAAUGGGGCUACUGGGUUUCUCCUAUGACGUAUGGUUUCAAUGCCAUUACCGUGAACGAGAUGUUCGCUCCGAGAUGGAUGGACAAAUGGGCCUCGGACAAUGUCACAAGAUUAGGCAUUGCAGUGCUUAAAAACUUUAAUGUCUUUCCUGAGAGAAAUUGGUACUGGAUUGGAGCAGCUGCACUUCUGGGGUUCACAGUUCUCUUCAAUGUGCUCUUCACUUUCGCGCUUAUGUACCUAAACCCUCCUGGGAGACCACAAGCUAUAAUAUCUGAAGAAUCUGCUAAGGAGAUGGAAGCUCAACAGGAACCGCAAAUGAGACGACACCCUUCCAAUAAGGAUCGGAAAACUAGAUCAUUAUACACUUCCAAUGGAAGCAAUACAGGGGAAAUGAGAACUCAAAGAGUGAGUAGACCAGUGAACACUAACGAGUUGAGUAGGCAUCAUUCAUCUCCUGGAGGGGCAAAUGGCGUCGCUCUGAAGAGAGGAAUGGUUCUUCCCUUCAUUCCUCUUGCUAUGUCCUUCGACAAUGUGAACUACUUUGUAGACAUGCCGGCAGAAAUGAAAGAACAAGGAGUUACAGAGGACAAGCUCCAACUACUUCAAGAAGUGACGGGCGCGUUUAGGCCCGGAGUCUUGACUGCACUGAUGGGAGUCAGUGGAGCUGGAAAGACGACAUUGAUGGAUGUUUUAGCGGGAAGGAAGACGGGCGGUUACAUUGAAGGCGACAUUAGAAUAUCUGGAUUCCCGAAGAAGCAAGAAACCUUUGCUCGAAUAUCCGGGUAUUGCGAACAGAAUGACAUCCACUCUCCUCAAGUCACUGUGAAAGAAUCUUUGAUCUACUCGGCUUUCCUCCGGCUACCAAAAGAAGUCAGCCCGGAAGAAAAGAUGAUUUUUGUGGAUGAGGUGAUGGAAUUGGUGGAGCUGAACAACCUUAAGGAUGCCAUAGUAGGCCUUCCGGGAAUUACAGGCCUGUCGACUGAACAGAGAAAACGGCUGACUAUCGCGGUGGAGCUUGUCGCGAAUCCUUCAAUCAUAUUCAUGGACGAACCUACAUCAGGCCUCGAUGCAAGGGCUGCUGCCAUUGUCAUGAGGACAGUGAGGAACACGGUUGACACUGGCAGGACGGUUGUUUGUACGAUUCACCAACCGAGCAUCGACAUCUUCGAAGCCUUCGAUGAGCUUCUACUGAUGAAAAGAGGAGGACAAGUGAUCUACUUGGGUCCCCUAGGUCGGAAUUCUCACAAGAUCAUCGAAUACUUUGAGGAUAUACCCGGGAUCCCGAAAAUUAAAGAGAAGUACAAUCCGGCCACGUGGAUGCUUGAAGUGAGCUCAGUAGCGGCAGAAGUACGAUUGCAAAUCAACUUUGCCGAACACUACAAGUCCUCAUCCUUGUAUCGGAGAAACACGGCCUUAGUGAAGGAGCUGAGCACACCUCUGCCGGGCGCCAAAGAUCUCUACUUCCCGACACAGUAUUCUCAGUCCACAUGGGGACAGUUCAUAUCAUGCAUAUGGAAACAAUGGUGUACUUACUGGAGAAGUCCAGAGUACAAUCUUGUUCGGUUCUUUUUCACUUUAGCCUGUGCCUUGAUGGUUGGAACAAUCUUUUGGAAGGUCGGCACUAAAAGGGAAAAUUCUAAUGAUCUUACCACGGUAAUUGGAGCCAUGUACGCGGCUGUGCUAUUUGUCGGAAUCAACAACUGCACUACCGUGCAGCCCAUCGUAGCCAUCGAAAGGACGGUGUUCUAUCGAGAAAGAGCAGCCGGAAUGUACUCCUCACUGGCUUAUGCCCUCGCACAGGUUAUGUGUGAAAUACCGUACGUGUUUGUUCAAACCACGUAUUACACAUUGAUAGUGUAUGCAAUGGUGAGCUUCCAAUGGACAGUGGAGAAAUUCUUCUGGUUCUUCUUUGUCAGCUUUUUCUCCUUCCUCUACUUCACAUACUAUGGCAUGAUGACUGUCUCCAUCACACCCAACCACCAAGUGGCCUCCAUCUUCGCUGCGGCCUUCUACGCUCUGUUCAAUCUAUUCUCUGGAUUCUUCAUCCCAAAACCGAGAAUACCCAAAUGGUGGUUGUGGUACUACUGGACUUGCCCUGUGGCAUGGACGGUGUACGGUCUGAUCGUGUCGCAAUAUGGUGAUGUCACUGACCGCAUCAAGGUCCCUGGGAUGUCACCCGACCCAACUAUCAAGUGGUACAUAGAGCACCAUUUUGGGUACGACCCUGGUUUCAUGGGGCCGAUCGCUGGAGUCUUGGUGGGCUUCGCUGUGUUCUUUGCACUUCUGUUUGCCUACUGCAUAAAGAGUCUAAACUUCCAAAUGAGAUAGGUUAGAUGGAGAUCAAUAGGGACAAGAGAACUCCGGAUAAAGAGAGACUCAUGUAGAUUUCCAAGUACCAAAACAUAUGAUGUAAUUAGUGUUUUCAGUUGAUUUUUUCAAUCAAUAUUGAUCAAAAUAUUAGAGAAGGAACAACAAUGCUUUUCCUACUUAUGAUAGAUGAUGGUGAUGGUGAUGGUGAUGGUGAUGGUG